CGGAGUUGGCCACUGGUUGGCGGCGUCACGGCGAGAUGGCGCGUACAGGUCGAAGGGGUCCCGGCAGCGCGAGAAGUUUGAGGCGAUAGACAGAAUUUCCUCCCGACCUAUUUGAAUGAUGUAUAUAUGGACGCCCACGCCUGUUCACUUGACCAAAGUCUAAGCCUUUCACUGCAGGCCUCCAGACACCUUCCCAUUAGGCGCAAUGGCAACCGAGAAGUACCAGCCUUCAUACGAAAUUACGGGUCAUGAGUCCUCUGGGAGUCAACCCCAUGGACAGGACGUGGAGGCUGGAGAUAGAAGGCUCAGUCACCUAGAUGUCGCCAGGAUCACCAAGGUCUCGUCGAUUAUCACCGUUCUGGUUGCGGGUCUCGCCUUGUUCUCUGAUGGAUACAAUGCGCAAAUCAUUGGAUAUAUGGAGCCCCUGUUCACAGACCUGUACAAAGAUGGCAUGUCGAGCAUCAUCAAGACCCGGUUGUCCAAUGCAUACCUCAUUGGAGAGAUCUUCGGCAUGCUCUUCUUCGGCAUUCUCAUCGAUAAGAUAGGGCGACGUACCGGCAUUGUCUUCGCUACUUUCUUCCUUGUCCUUGGUAUCGUCUUGGCUACGGCAGCUCAUGGCACCACUCAGCUGGGCAUGUUCUGGAUGAUGAUCGUUGCUCGUGGUGUUGCUGGAUUCGGUGCAGGAGGCGAAUACCCAACUUGUGGAACUGGUAGUGCUGAAGCUUCAGAUGAGAGUGAAUAUGUCCGCCGCAGACGGGGCUUCCUAGUCGCUGUGGCCACCGACUUUAGCAUUGACUUGGGAUUCGUGAUCGCCGGUGUCGUCGCGCUGAUUGUCAUCGAAUGCUACAAUGAGAGAAUCUCAAGCGGAAUCUGGCGUAUCUGCUUUGGGUUGGGCUUCGUCCUCCCUGUGGCGCUUUUCUUCUUCCGAAUUCGCAUGGUUGAGUCCACUCAGUAUCGCAAACAUGCUAUCAAGAGAAACGUACCCUAUUGGUUGAUCAUCAAGCGAUAUUGGAAGCCCAUGGUUGGAACUUCACUGGCGUGGUUCAUGUACGACUUUGUCACCUACCCAUUUGGGAUUUUCAGCUCCACCAUCAUCGGCCAACUCAAUCCCAAGAACACCUUGAUCCAGAACAUCGGAUACGGCACCCUAGUUAACAGCUUUUAUCUUCCAGGUACGAUCGUUGGCGGGCUCCUAAUGGAUAGAAUCGGCCGUAAGCAAACUAUGACCUUCGGUUUUGGAUGUUGGGCCGUCUUAGGAUUUAUCCUGGGAGGCGCCUUGGGCCCUAUUCAAUCCGUCUUCCCUCUCUUUGUUGUUCUCUAUGGGAUCUUCAACAGCUUGGGAGAGAUGGGACCUGGAGUUUGCACUUUCUUGACGGCAGCCGAGAGUUUCCCUACUCCACUGCGCGGCCACUUCAUGGGGUUUGCUGCUGCGGUGGGCAAGGCUGGUGCUGCGAUUGGAACCCAAGUUUUCACACCUAUCCAGAACUCCUUCAGCGAUACGCAAAAGGGAACUCAGGCCGUCUUCCUCAUUGGUGCUGGUUUUGCCGCCGCUGGGGGGAUUAUCUCGUGGGUAUUCAUUCCCGACCGAGAUCGAGAACUUGAGAGUGAGGACGCCAAAUUCAGAGAAUUCCUUGCAGAUCACGGAUACGAGGGGGAGUUUGGCGAGAGCUUGAUCGAGGAGGUGCGGACGACCGCGUUCAAACCCGAGUAUACCAAGACCUCUUGA